GCGGCGCACUCACGCCACGCACGGGCACGGCCGACUCGAUCGGCAUCCUUUCCAUCCCCAAUCCCGCACCCGCCCACCCCGACUCGCAAUCCCUAGGCAGCGCCGCGGGCAGGGAGGCGCGCCGCACAGGCACCAGCGGACAGCGGGCGCCGGAGGCGGCACGUAGCACACGGCAGGUCUGCACUGCAGCAGCCACAGGCUGGGGUAAGAAAUCUCUGAAUCGAUCCAUGGAGCGCGUCAGGAGGGCUUCGCACGCCGGUUCUUGGUACACGAACAAUGCCAGGAAGCUGGAAGAGGAACUCAAUGGUUGGCUGGGGGCAGCUGGUCUAACCAAGUCUCCUGAUGUUAGGGCAGUAAUUGCACCCCACGCUGGUUAUUCAUACUCAGGCCGAUGUGCAGCUUAUGCUUUUGGCAACAUCGAUCCAACUAACAUUUCUCGGGUGUUUCUGCUUGGCCCUUCUCAUCACUACUACACUCCAAAAUGUGCUUUAACUAGGGCUUCUGUCUAUUGUACCCCAAUUGGGGAUUUGCCAGUGGACCAGGAAGUCAUCGAGGAACUCAGCGCCACUGGAAGAUUUGAAUUUAUGGAUCUUAGUGUGGAUGAAGCUGAACAUAGCAUGGAAAUGCAUCUGCCCUACCUUGCUAAAGUAUUUCAAGGACAUACUGUGAAAGUCGUCCCUAUCCUUGUUGGUGCACUUAGCUCCCAAAGUGAAGCCAUGUAUGGACAGCUGCUCUCCAAAUAUGUCGAUGACCCAAAAAACUUUUUUUCUGUGUCGUCAGACUUCUGCCACUGGGGAUCCCGGUUUAGUUAUACAUACUACGAAGAGAAACAUGGUGCAAUUCAUAAGUCUAUUGAGGCCUUGGACCGUAUGGGCAUGGAGAUCAUAGAGACUGGUGAUCCUGUAGCGUUCAAAGAAUACCUGCAGGAGUAUGAGAAUACCAUAUGUGGACGCCACCCCAUCAGCGUUUUCCUUCAUAUGUUGAAACAUUGCUCAACAAAAAUUAAGAUUGGCUUUGUUCGCUACGAGCAGUCAAGCCAAUGCAAGAACUUUAGGGAUAGCAGUGUAAGCUAUGCAUCUGCAGCAGCAAAGGUUGAUGCAUCAGGGGAAGAAGAGAAACAAGAUUGAGCAAGCUACGGCUUGUUUGAUAUAGCCGCCAAACCUUGGUGCAACAUGUGUGAUUGGUUUCCCAUAAAAAAACAUGUGAUUGGUUCGCACCGGGACCUGUCUAUCAAACUUUAUAGCAUUGGCUCGAUGCCAGUUUGUGAUAAACAGGCCCUGGUUGAAUGCCGAUUAUGUCGCCAGAAACACUGGGAAACCAGACAAUCAAUAAAACUGUUAUCUGGGGAUGUGUUCUGUCA